AUGAACCAGCACAUCCAGAUAGUGAAUAAGAAGGAUAGCGAGCAAGAGAACGCCGCUCUGAAGAAACAGAUUGAAGACCUCGAGUCUCGCUUCAAGACGAGAAACACCAAGCCUCAACCAUUUGCAUGCUUGAAGUUGGACGUGAAAGCCGAGGUCAAAGGUCUAGCAGAUAAGAUUGCAGAGCUGGAAUAUCAGGAGGAGGAAUAUCAGGAUGAUGAGGUGAUCGCUCCAGAGAACGUGUCACGAUUGUCAAGAGGAGAGACGAGAGUUUGA